AAAGGCACAAAGUAAUACACGUAGCUAUCUAAUGUUAGCUUGUAGCUAGUCAGUACGUGAUAGUUUUUGACACUUUUUAACUAAUUAACAAAAGUCUAACGGCUCGCUAUUGCAAGAGAGCGACAACUAGUCCGAUUACGCGAACAAUGUCAAUAUCACGUGUAUGGCUUUUGUACUGCGCUGUACUGGUUCAACUCGACAUGAUCAUACCUGCAUCUGGAAACAAGUGUGGCCCUGCAGAGUACAAAUCUAACACUGGUCAGUGCUGUCCAAUGUGUGGAAAAGGUUUAGUUGUCCGCAAGGACUGUACAUUAGUGUCCAGCACGUCCUGCAUACCCUGUACAGGACAGACCUACAUGAAUUCAGCUAAUGGCUUGGACAAGUGCUUUCCCUGCAGUCCUUGUGAUCCAGGACAAGGUCUGUACAUUUUGAUGACGUGUACUACUACAAGUAACUCUAUUUGUCAUGUUCUAAAUGGAUAUUAUUGUACCAGCUCCUCAGCUGGCAACGAGUGCACCUUUGCACUAAGACAUACACUUUGCUCACCUGGACAGAGAGUUAAAGCACCGGGAACAAAGACAACAGAUACCGUGUGUGAGGAGUGUCAGCAUGGCUCUUACUCACAACAUGGUGUGAACUGCACUGCUUGGACUGAUUGUAAAGCCAUUGGACAAUACAAGAUUGAAGAUGGAAGUCAAACAAGAGAUGUUGUUUGUGAAAAAUCUGCGGAAUUACUAAGGAAUAGAGUCAUUGUCUUAGUUCCAUCUUCAGUUUUCCUUUUUGUAGUCUUUAUUUUUGUCUUGUUUGUAACUAAAGGUAAAGAAACUAAAGAAAAUCAAGGAACAUCUAAGCUUCCUGUAGAGGAAACGGGUUUUCACGAACGUUCACUAGUGGCGGUUGAAGAGCUUCACAGUGAAACUAUACCUCAACUGUGACAACUGGCCAAGGACGACAGAGCAAGGACUGACAAGGAAUAUUUUCCACAUUUUGUUACAUUUACAACCUCAUUUCUAAAAUGUAUUCAGUUGUUAGACAUUUUUGCAAAUGUAUAAAAUAAAAACCUGGAAAUUUUCACAAGUAUUCAGACCCUUUACUCAGUACUUUGUUGAAGCACAUUUGGCAGCUAUUGCAGCCUUGAGUCUCCUUGGGUAUGACACUACAAGCUGUCGUGUCAUACUUAAAAAUCAUACAAUGUGAUUUUCUGGAUUUUUGUUUUAGAUUCCGUCUCUCACAGUUGAAGUGUACCUAUGAUUUUUUUUUAAAUACAGACCUCUACGUGCUUUGUAAGUAGGAAAACCUGCAAAAUCGGCAGUGUAUCAAAUACUUGUUCUCCCCACUGUAUAUUUAAUACAUUUGCAAACAUUUCAUUUGCCAUUAUGGGGUAUUGUGUGAAGAUGAGGAUAAAAAAAAUUCAAGACAUUUUCAAAUAAGGCUGUAAUGUAACAAAAUGUGGGAAAAUAUUUUCAGAAGACACUGCAUGUUUCCAUUAACUUGUCCAGUGAUGUUUUUGGUGGUUGACAUUUAGAAAGUAGAUGUGAGACAAUUGCUUGCUACAGUGCCUUUCCAUUGAACUGUCAUGUCGAUAAAAACAGCUGGACGUAAUGACAUCACAUCUUUCGCUAAAACCUAGAAUGACUAAUAAAAAACAGUGGCUCCAUUAUCCAUUUAAGCAAAUUGCGCCUUAAUACGACUGCCUGUAUGCCAUCCUACUUAGGUAGCCUGUGUUGUGUACAGUAAUAUGGUACGAUAGCUCAGUUAAGUAUUGAAUACUGUUGCUUUAAUAAUGUAUCAGGCACGUUGUGCGUGCACUGAGGUGUGAGGAUUGGAUGAGUGAGUUUUCUACGAGUUGUUUAUCUGAAGUAAAGACGUUCAGUUUAAUUGCGAAACAAGCCGCCGUGCAUUUGUAACAGCCUGCAAAAGCCAGCAUGAAUAUAAUGCAAUAAUUGAAUCAUAUUUUCCAUGUUCUAAUAAUGGGCCAACAUAACGCCAUGGAGAAAUCUGAAAUAAUUGGAUGUGGGAAAAUUCUCACACAAAGCUGGAUAGAGAGCGCGUGCCAUAAAUCUUGACCAUUUGUCAAUCCAAGUAAUUGGUUUCUCUUUCUCUCUCUCUCCACAAGGUGAAUGUUUAAGUUUGUUUAUAUUGAUGCUGUGUUUAUAGCCCUUUAUAGACAUGUCAGUGUAAUGCCAUUUAUUCAUGUACAUAUGUAUAUUGAAUAGUUAUAACCAUUAACUAAUACUGUUUACAUGUCUUUGUCUUAUACAACAAUAAGAUUCCAAGUAAUUCAGAUGACCAAAAUCAUAUAAACAUCUUCAAAGGAAA